AUGCUGCGAGGAACGUUUGAAAAGUCUGAGGAGGAGGCAGAGGAGGAGGAGGAGGCAGAGGAGGCUGAGGAGGAGGAGGAGGCUGAGGAGGAGGCAGAGGAGGCUGAGGAGGAGGAGGCAGAGGAGGCUGAGGAGGAGGAGGCAGAGGAGGCAGAGGAGGAGGAGGAGGCUGAGGAGGAGGAGGCAGAGGAGGAGGAGGCAGAGGAGGAGGAGGCAGAGGAGGCUGAGGAGGAGGAGGAGGAAGCUGAGGAGGAGGCGGCUGAGGAGGAGGCAGAGGAGGCUGAGGAGGAGGAGGCUGAGGAGGAGGAGGAGGAGGCUGAGGAGGAGGCAGAGGGGGAGGCAGAGGAGGCUGAGGAGGAGGAGGCAGAGGAGGAGGCAGAGGAGGCAGAGGGGGAGGCAGAGGAGGAGGAGGCAGAGGAGGAGGCUGAGGAGGAGGAGGAGGCAGCUGAGGAGGAGGAGGAGGCUGAGGGGGAGGAGGAGGCUGAGGAGGAGGAGGAGGCUGAGGAGGAGGAGGAGGAGGCUGAGGAGGAGGAGGCAGAGGAGGGGGAGGCAGAGGAGGGGGAGGCAGAGGAGGGGGAGGCAGAGGAGGAGGAGGCAGAGGGGGAGGCAGAGGAGGAGGAGGCAGAGGAGGCUGAGGAGGAGGAGGAGGAGGAGGAGGAGGCAGAGGAGGAGGAGGCAGAGGAGGCUGAAGAGGAGGAGGAGGAGGAGGCUGAGGAGGAGGCGGCUGAGGAGGAGGCAGAGGAGGCUGAGGAGGAGGAGGCAGAGGGGGAGGCAGAGGAGGCUGAGGAGGAGGAGGCAGAGGAGGAGGAGGCAGAGGAGGAGGAGGCAGAGGAGGAGGAGGCAGAGGAGGCUGAGGAGGAGGAGGCUGAGGAGGAGGAGGAGGAGGAGGAGGAGGCUGAGGAAGAGGAGGCUGAGGAGGCUGAGGAGGCUGAGGAGGAGGAGGAGGCUGAGGAGGAGGCAGAGGAGGCUGAGGAGGAGGAGGAGGCUGAGGAGGCUGAGGAGGAGGAGGCUGAGGAGGAGGCAGAGGAGGCAGAGGAGGAGGAGGCAGAGGAGGAGGAGGCAGAGGAGGAGGCAGAGGAGGAGGAGGCAGAGGGGGAGGAGGCAGAGGGGGAGGAGGCAGAGGGGGAGGAGGCAGAGGGGGAGGAGGCAGAGGGGGAGGAGGAGGCAGAGGAGGAGGAGGCAGAGGAGGAGGAGGCAGAGGGGGAGGCAGAGGAGGAGGAGGCAGAGGAGGAGGAGGCAGAGGAGGAGGAGGCAGAGGAGGAGGCAGAGGAGGAGGAGGCAGAGGAGGAGGCAGAGGAGGAGGAGGCAGAGGGGGAGGAGGAGGCAGAGGGGGAGGAGGAGGCAGAGGAGGAGGAGGCAGAGGGGGAGGAGGAGGCAGAAGAGGAGGAGGCAGAGGAGGAGGAGGCAGAGGAGGCAGAGGAGGAGGCAGAGGAGGAGGCAGAGGAGGAGGAGGCAGAGGAGGCAGAGGAGGCAGAGGAGGAGGAGGAGGCUGAGGAGGAGGCAGAAGAGGAGGAGGCAGAAGAGGAGGAGGCAGAGGAGGAGGCAGAGGAGGAGGAGGCAGAGGGGGAGGAGGAGGAGGCAGAGGAGGAGGAGGAGGCAGAGGAGGCAGAGGAGGCAGAGGAGGAGGAGGAGGCUGAGGAGGAGGCAGAGGAGGAGGCAGAAGAGGAGGAGGCAGAGGAGGAGGCAGAGGAGGAGGAGGCAGAGGAGGAGGAGGCAGAGGGGGAGGAGGAGGAGGCAGAGGAGGAGGCAGAGGAGGAGGAGGAGGCAGAGGAGGAGGAGGCAGAGGAGGCAGAGGGGAAGGAGGAGGAGGCAGAGGAGGAGGAGGCAGAGGAGGCAGAGGAGGAGGAGGCAGAGGGGGAGGCAGAGGAGGAGGAGGCAGAGGAGGCAGAGGAGGAGGAGGCAGAGGAGGAGGAGGAGGAGGAGGAGGCUGAGGAGGCUGAGGAGGAGGAGGCUGAGGAGGAGGCAGAGGAGGCAGAGGAGGAGGAGGCAGAGGAGGAGGAGGCAGAGGAGGAGGCAGAGGAGGAGGCAGAGGAGGAGGAGGCAGAGGGGGAGGAGGCAGAGGGGGAGGAGGCAGAGGGGGAGGAGGCAGAGGGGGAGGAGGCAGAGGGGGAGGAGGAGGCAGAGGAGGAGGAGGCAGAGGAGGAGGAGGCAGAGGGGGAGGCAGAGGAGGAGGAGGCAGAGGAGGAGGAGGCAGAGGAGGAGGAGGCAGAGGAGGAGGCAGAGGAGGAGGCAGAGGAGGAGGAGGCAGAGGGGGAGGAGGAGGCAGAGGGGGAGGAGGAGGCAGAGGAGGAGGAGGCAGAGGGGGAGGAGGAGGCAGAAGAGGAGGAGGCAGAGGAGGAGGAGGCAGAGGAGGCAGAGGAGGAGGCAGAGGAGGAGGCAGAGGAGGAGGAGGCAGAGGAGGCAGAGGAGGCAGAGGAGGAGGAGGAGGCUGAGGAGGAGGCAGAAGAGGAGGAGGCAGAAGAGGAGGAGGCAGAGGAGGAGGCAGAGGAGGAGGAGGCAGAGGGGGAGGAGGAGGAGGCAGAGGAGGAGGAGGAGGCAGAGGAGGCAGAGGAGGCAGAGGAGGAGGAGGAGGCUGAGGAGGAGGCAGAGGAGGAGGCAGAAGAGGAGGAGGCAGAGGAGGAGGCAGAGGAGGAGGAGGCAGAGGAGGAGGAGGCAGAGGGGGAGGAGGAGGAGGCAGAGGAGGAGGCAGAGGAGGAGGAGGAGGCAGAGGAGGAGGAGGCAGAGGAGGCAGAGGGGAAGGAGGAGGAGGCAGAGGAGGAGGAGGCAGAGGAGGCAGAGGAGGAGGAGGCAGAGGGGGAGGCAGAGGAGGAGGAGGCAGAGGAGGCAGAGGAGGAGGAGGCAGAGGAGGAGGAGGAGGAGGCAGAGGAGGAGGAGGAGGAGGCUCUAACACUAUCUACGGCUCAAUCUCGACUCACUCCUGAACCCGGACCCAGACUCACUCCUGAACCCGGACCCAGACUCACUCCUGAACCCGGACCCAGACUCACUCCUGAACCCGGGCCCAGACUCACUCCUGAACUGGGCCCAGACUCACUCCUGAACCCGGGCCCAGACUCACUCCUGAACCCGGGCCCAGACUCACUCCUGAACCCGGGCCCAGACUCACUCCUGAACCCGGGCCCAGACUCACUCCUGAACCCGGGCCCAGACUCACUCCUGAACCCGGGCCCAGACUCACUCCUGAACCCGGGCCCAGACUCACUCCUGAACCCGGGCCCAGACUCACUCCUGAACCCGGGCCCAGACUCACUCCUGAACCCGGGCCCAGACUCACUCCUGAACCCGGGCCCAGACUCACUCCUGAACCCGGGCCCAGACUCACUCCUGAACUGGGCCCAGACUCACUCCUGA